CUGAGGCGGAAUCUUUGACUGGUGAAUAAAGUUGAGUGCCGGAUAUAUUUUUUGUACGGACCCAGUGGGGGAAGGAAUUCACCUGCGCACCGUUCAAAGCAUGUAUGAGUAUAGACUUACUACUGCUUAGCUCCAAUCAGAUUGCAGCUUUUGUUCUACAAGAAAUGAGAGGAAGUCCUUGGUGAAAACAUCAUAUUUUUAUUUCCACAAAUGGAAGAGGCUCCCAAAGGAACUUUUGAUGAUGAGUUGGAAUGGUGUAUUCAUCAGUUGGAGACUGGCCUUCUGCGCCAAAAUCCCACCCCUAGACAAGUGUCGGAUGCUAGUCGCGUGCUUAAGGUCCUCCGCUCCCGCAAAGCUCCCUUUGUGAAGAAACGACAGAUAAUGAAUCAAGUUUUUGGAAACUACAGGCAAAAAAUGGCACAGGAGAGAGAGACUCAGGAAAAAGCAGCUACAACAAGUGAUAUACAAAUCCAGGAAGUGAAUGCACGGGAGUUGGGUAGUGUGGCCUACAGGAAGUGUUCAAGGGAUACAACAGGAAGCACUGCAAACUGGUUCCCGGUGCCCAGCAACAUUGUCUGCCCAAAUGAGAUGGUUCAAGUUGAACAGGGUGGAUGUGAGGCUACUAAACAUGAUGGGCUCUGUAAAGAUGAUGUAGGUAGUGGCUCUGGUAAUAAGGGCAUCUGCACAUCUGAAAAAUCUGAAUUUUUGUUCAACUUCCAGAUCCCAACAGAAGAGGAGCCGCCUUCUCAAAGCACAAGCAACAUCGUCAACACUUCUGAGAAGUCCGAAUUUACUUUUAAUUUCCAGAUUCCAGAAGAGGAACCCAAUUCCCAAAGCACAGAGGUACCAGGGCAGAUUUUGGGGCAGGAGUCUGUUGCUGUCAAUAGUGGGCUUGCAUCUCACAUUAACAAUGAGGAAGUGGCAGAACAGAAAGUGACAUUACAAAGCCACAAAGACUCAAAAGCAAUAAAAAAUACUAAAGAAGCUAUAACAGCCAACAAUGAUGUGAACCAAGAUAAAGCCGAGGAAGGUUUAGUACUCUCUCCCAAGAAGAAAAAGAAAAAAGGUUCUCAAGGGAAAAGUCUUGGCACAACUGCUCCAACACCGAAAAAUAAAGUGGAAAAAAACGAAGCACAGAAGAAUUCUAACUCUCAUCAAGAAGAGUUACAGACAGGAGCUGAUGAGUUGCAAAGAGAAUUGGACUGGUGUAUAGAACAGCUAGAAUUAGGGCUUCAGCGGCAAAAGUCUACCCCAAAACAAGUGGAUGAAGCCUUGCGUGCAAUCAAGACCUUGCGCAGUGAGAAAGCCGCAUUGGUAAAGAAGCGCCAGAUAAUGCGGGCAAUGUUUGGCGAUUACAGGCGCAAGAUGGAAGAAGAAAAGCAGAAGCACCUGAGACUGAUGCAGACAGCUGCUAAGUCAGCGCGGAUGCACGAGGUGGCAGCAUCAGUCCGUCGAAACAGCAGCAAGGUUUAUCGGCCAAGCAUCCAGAACUCUCAUCGGAACCUUGACCAAUCCACCUCUACUGUUUCUUCGUCCCAUGUCUCCUCUGGUGACCCCGGGACAUCUCACCAAGAGCUGUUUGUUUUAAGGUCUUCACAGGAGCCUUUUUGCUUUAACUUUUUCUAGAAGCAUAUUUGUCUUAUACUAAGGAAGUUUUAGGACUUGCCUUUCAUUUUAUUUCUUUAGGUUACGAAUCUUAAGAUAAAUUUAGGUUAUUUCAGUUCAUAUUACUUUUUAAACGCCCCCUAACAAUUUAAGUGCCUCAAUUUUGUUAUUUGAGAUGUAGAACACUGGGAAGAUUUCAGAGGUUCUUAAACAAACAAAAAAACUUUUAUUUUGCCAUUUUGUUUCAAUCUAAAAUUGAAUCGGAAUCAUAAGUGAUUGUAAUGUAAGUGAUUUGCCAUAUUCUGAAAAUAUGAGAAUCCUUAAAUCCUUUUUUUAUGGGGGGUGACGAUAAUGUCCCUUAAAGUACAUAAAGUUGUAAUAAAAUUAUUUUGUUUACUGUAAA